CAUGUCUUAUAUAAUGAAAAAAAAGAAAUUUGUGCUUGCCUACUAUAUGUAUAGAAAAUGGCAAAAAGAACGUCGAGUUAGAAAGUUGUGGGUUCAUCCUAUGCUGUCGGCACGGGAGCAAUUUGGUGAAUUUCAUACACUUUACGAAGAUCUCCGAAAAGACGAGGCCAAGUUUUGUGAUUAUUUUCGAAUGAAUUACAAGACAUUUGAUAAAUUAUUAGAUUUAUUAAAGAAUAAACUGCAACACACAAAUACAAAUAUGCGAGCAAGUAUAUCUGCUAAGGAGAGAUUGGUUGUUACAUUGAGGUAUUUAGCAACCGGAACUUCAUUAGCCGAUCUUGAAUAUCGUUUUAGAAUGGGAAAAUCAACUUUAAGCGUAAUCAUACGAGAAGUGUGUUCUCUAAUAUGGUCUGAACUUUACCCAAAAUAUAUGAAAAUGCCAUGUAUAAACGAUUGGCUAGAAAUAGCAAAUAAAUUUGAAGUGUCUGCUAAUUUCCCUCAUUGUGUCGGUGCUGUAGAUGGAAAGCACAUCAGAGUAAUAAAACCAAAUAAAAGUGGAUCGAUGGUUUUGAACUACAAACAUUACUUCUCGAUUGUAUUAAUGGCAGUCGCCGAUAGUGACUACAACUUUAUUUAUAUCAGUGUCGGUGCUUAUGGAAAGGAUUGUGAUUCAGGUGUUUUUAAAGACACAGCUUUCUGGCACAACAUGAUUAACAAUACUUUGAACUUGCCAGGACCUACUUCCUUACCUAAUACCAACAUUGCCUUGCCAUAUGUAUUCGUAGGUGAUGAAGCAUUUGCAUUACAUCAGAAUUUACUGCGCCCAUAUAAUAGUCAAAUGCUUGAUGCAGAAAAAUCCGUUUUUAAUUAUCGGUUAACAAGAGCGAGACGAUAUGUAGAAUGCACCUUUGGGAUACUGGCCAAUAAGUGGCGAAUUUUUCAUCGACCUUUAAAUGUGUCAUUGGAUUUGGCUGUUGAUGUUGUGAAAGCUUGUUGUUUACUGCAAAAUUUUAUACACAAAGAGGAGGGCGUAAAAGGGGUCCAAGAAUCUCUAAGCGGGUGUGAAUUAGAGGAGUUUUUGCCAUUUUAUUCAACAGAAAUGGUUCCUACAACAGCUAAUGAAAUACGUGACAAAUAUAAGGAGUAUUUUAAUUCUGAAUAUGGCAGUGUACCAUGGCAAAAUAAUUAUUGUUAAUAUGUAUGCGAAACGUGUUUCUAUCUAGCGGGAAUACUCAAGCUACUACUAGUAGUGAUGGGACUCGAGUGACUUUUUUUCACUCGAGUCACUCGCCAGUGAAAACCGAUUUACUCGAGUGUCACUCGAGUAAAGAUGAGACUCGAGUGUUUUUUUUUCGAGUGAAUCAUUCGAGUCACUCGUAAUCCGAGUCAUCAAAAAUAUGACUCGAGUGGGAGUAAAAACAAAACUACUCGAGUAACUCGAGUGAAACACGGCUCGAGUCCCAUCACUAACUACUAGUAGCAAGUGAUUGCUUGUUUAAUGUAGGUACCUACCACACGAAAUUGCUUACGAGAUAUACUAUCCACACACUAUAUAAUACACUGUUGCAUUACGAUUUAAAUAAAAAACAUACUGAUCGUGUCUUGUCCCAAACUUCCUUUAAGUCAGCUACUUAUAUAUUUUUUCGUUUGGCCCCACUAGAUAGAAAUACAUUAACAAGAAUAAAUAAAAUUUUGUAAAAAGAUA